AUGUUUAACAACCGCAGUUUUUUAACAAAAUAUUUCCCUAAAUUAGAUAAAGUAAAAAAGUUUAUUUCAUUUACUCAAACUGGUGAAAAUACAGCAAUAUACUGCUUAACUCAAAAUGACUGGAAACUGGAGCUUGCAUCGGAUAAUUAUUUUCAAAAUCCUGAUGUUUACUACAAAGAGCCUAAAGUAUCUGUUGACAAAAGAAAACUUGAAACACUUUUUCAAAAAUAUAGAGAUCCAGCAGAGCCUGAUAAGAUGACUGCUGAUGGUAUAGAAAGGUUUUUAGAUGAUAUUGGGUUAAAUCCAGAAUCAAAACUUGUUUUAAUUUUAGCCUGGAAAUUUAGAGCAGCCACUCAGUGUGAGUUCACUAAGGAUGAAUUUAUGGGAGGAAUGACAGAGCUUGGGUGUGAUUCUAUAGAUAAAUUAAAAUCGAGGUUACCUUUAUUAGAAUCAGAGAUUCGAGAUCAACCUCGCUUCAAAGAUCUUUACCAUUUUACUUUCAACUAUGCUAAAAAUCAAGGACAAAAAGGUUUAGAUUUAGACAUGGCUAUUGCAUAUUGGAAUAUUAUCUUACAAGGGAGAUUUCGAUUUUUGCAUCUUUGGUGUCAAUUUCUUCAGGAUCGUCACAAAAGGUCUAUUCCAAAAGAUACAUGGAAUCUUUUAUUAGAAUUUGCAUUGACUAUUAAUGAGGACAUGUCAAAUUACGAUCAAGAAGGAGCAUGGCCGGUUUUAAUAGAUGAUUUUGUAGAAUGGGCUCAACCUUAUAUCGCUCAAGGACCCGCCACAACUCCAGUUUAA